AUGAUGAAGCUGCUCCUCUUCCUCUGCUCCGUCCUCUGGGUCUCUGCUGAUGUUCUCCAUGAGGACCUCGUUAUCAGAGGAUGUUCAGACUCUGAUGGAGAGGAGAUGUACACUCUGGAUGGAGAAGAGAUGUGGGUCGCUGACUUUAAGAAGGAGAAAGGAGAAGAACCUCAGCCUCCUUUCAUUGAUCAUAUGAGCUACCAGGAAGGAACUUAUGAAACAGCUGUGAAUGAUCUAAAUGUCUGCAAAUUCAACCUGAACGCUACCCGUAAAGCGAUGAAGGACUUUCCUCUGAAACUAGAUCGUCCAUCUACUGUGAUGGUCUACUCCAGAGACAGAAUAGAGCUGGGAGAGAAGAACAUCCUGACCUGUGUUGUCUCUGGGUUCUAUCCUGCUCCUGUUAAAGUCUCCUGGACCAAGAACGGUCAGAAGGUGACUGAUGGAACCAGCAUCAACGUUCCCUAUCCCAGUAAGGACAGCACCUUCACCCAGAUCUCCAGACUGGUCUUCAUCCCUCAGCUGGGAGACGUCUACAGCUGCUCAGUGGAGCAUCCUGCUCUACAGGAACCAGUGACUAAGAUGUUUGAUGUGGACGUCCACAGUCCUCAGCCCAGUGUGGGACCUGCUGUGUUCUGUGGAGUCGGUCUGACCAUCGGACUCAUCGGCGUCGCCGUGGGAACCUUCUUCCUGAUCAAAGGGAACGAGUGCAGCUGAUUGGCUGCAGCUGAUGACGUCAUCAAUAAACCAGCUGUUAAUCAUUAAAUCAGAGCCUCUCUAAUAAAACUAUCAAUGUUUAUAUCAGUUAAUCUGUUUCUGUGUGGCUCCAACUGAAACCUUCAGAACUUUAAUGAAUCACCUGUCGUCUCCAUCAGGUCCCUCUGACAGGAAGCAGAACCUCUCAAUAAAUCUUCUUUCUAAAAGGAGCUUUUUGUUUUUUUCA